CAGAGCCAACAUGGCGGCGUCCAGCACCGCGGAUCACUCUCCAGAGAUAACGACGCCGUUAAAGAUCCCGAAAACCGAGGUGCCAUCCCCCGAGUCCGAGGAUCUGAGUGACAGCAAUCAAUACCACUCCAAUCCCUCCACCCCGAACCGCUUCUCGCCUCUGAACGUCUGCUCGGGGUCCGCGGGCCGGACGGCGGCCUCAUCCUCCUCCAACAGCUUCACGGCGUGCCGGGGGAUGUCGUGGACCCCGUCCGAGACUAACGCCCUCAUCGCGGUGUGGGGCAACGAGCGGCUGACGGAGGCGCGGAUGCAGCAGCUGGAGGUGGCGGGCACCGUGUUCUCCGGUAAGGCCCCCGGUCCUGCCAUGUAUGAGCGGGUGUCCAGAGCCCUGUCAGAGCUGGGGUAUGAGAGGACCCCGUCCCAGUGCCGGGAGAGGAUGAAGACUCUGCGGCGCUGCUACAGCCGGGUGAAGGAGCACGGCAUCGGGAAGAGGAAGAGCAGCUACACCAUCGAGCAGCUGGAGAAGGUGUUCGGUCAGGGAGGCUGGGACUCUCAGAGCUGUGCCCCUGUGCUCAUCAACAGCAGCGGCCUCUACCAGGAGAUGGAGUCUGACGGCAGCACUCUGGGGGACUACUCCCAGGAGGACUGGUGCAACCAGGUGCUGGACUCGGCCUUCCAUGAGGGAGACAUGGAGACGGAGGAAAUUCAGAUGCCUAAACACAGAGCUCUGCAGAUCCAAGCAGAGCUGUCAGAACAAACACAAAAAAGGGACAUGAUGCAGACUGUGAUGCGUAUCCUGGAGUCGGUGCAGCUGAAAUGGGAGCACUUCCAGACGUGGACGGAGUUCUCGCGCCUCCACCUCUCCAACAAGCUGGCCAUCUUCGGCGUGGGCUACAACACGCGGUGGCGCGAGGACGUGCGCUACCACUACGCCGAGAUCAGCUCGCAGGUCCCGCUGGGGAAGAGGCUCCGCGAGUACUUCAACCCGGAGAAACCCGAGGGCAGAAUCGUCAUGACCAAAGUCCAGAAGAUGAACUGGAAGAAUGUUUACUACAAGUUCCUGGACAUCACGAUCAGCGAGGCGCGGUGUCUGGAGCUGCACAUGGACGUGGACUGGAUCCCCGUGUCCCAUUCCAGGGCAGCGAGCAGCAGCAAGGGCUCCUACCACUACCUCCUUCCUGGGGACAUCCCCAAGACGUACGGACUCUACGCUAUCGGGUACGAGGAGGAGGAAGAGUUCACCGCUCAGACCUCUCCUCAGAGCGACAGUGAAGAUGUCAGCUUACCUCAUUGCAAGUCAGAGAACGGCGUGCAGAGUCAGGCUGAUGGAGGAGGAGGAGCGGGGAGAGGGGACAGGACUGGAGCUAAAGUCACAUACUGCUACCUAGGGAUAGCCGAGGACAGGACCAUUCAGCAGUGUCUCUUCCAGCACUUUCAGGGUUCAGUCAAACACUACGUCCCCGGGGAACCCUCCGCUGUGACCUGUUUCCUGCAGGAGAACUGCAGCGUGGGUCACGAGGGUGAAGACUCAUCUCAGCGUUUCGCCAUUUACAUCAAAUUCAUCGAGGUGGAGCUGGACUUCCUCUCUGCAGGCUCCCUGUUGGAGUGCCUGGAAACUGCUGUAGGCUAUUCCUUGAAAUAUAACAACAAAGAAACACUGUAAACGAUGCUCAGUGUCUCCGAUUAAUCCUUCACUGAAAUCAUUAAGUAAGUUUUACAGCCAGCGAGGCUGAAAGUACUGUACUGCUGCAUGGAUGUGUGGCAUAUUUUUGCAGCUUUUUUUCAGCUGUGUUGAACUGAUUCAUCAUUAGAUCCUUAAUGAGACUUAAAUGAAUGACAAUGCACAAUACAGUAAAUGUAUUUUGCAAAAAUACGGGAACAGUAGCUCAAGUAUUACAGAGCUGCGACCUCCAGGAAGUAUAUACGUAUUAUUUUGGGCUAAUGUGCACUACAAAGGAACUUGCUGCUUUUUUAGUGUAGAUCAAUGUUGCCUCAUCAGGGAAUGUUAGGGUCGGUAAGGUGACUACUGCAGUAUGCGUCUGUCUACCUCAGUAGGAUGUAGCGAACAAGGCAGCGAGGGGGGGACCAUAGUGUGUAUUUAAUUCUGAAACUGCCUUUUACUUUUGACUGUUGAGGUCUGGACCUGAAUUCACAAGUCUUCAAGGAGGAACAGCUGAUUUAUGCCUUAUGGUUUGCACAUGUAACUGGACUGCAGCUAGAGAUGCUUCCAUGCAAACAAGGGGGAUAAAGAAAAGACCAGUGUUUGUCAAAGUUAGCCAGAUCAUAUUGGCCAGCAUGGACACCUGUUAAUCCAGGGGUGUCAAAUGUAUUUUUUUGUCAGUUGAAUAUCUAGACUUGGCAUUUUUAACUGUACCAUUGUACACAGAAUUCCCCUCUUACCUCUCUCCUCUCAAACACACCUUCACAUUAGCACCAGGGGAAAACUGGAACCCUGAACAAAGCAGUUUCACAUUAAAGAUAACAAAUUCUACAGCACUUUCUUUCAGAUGACACAUAAUGUCAGGAGGGGCUGCAAGCUGAGCUGCAGCUAGCUAAUUCUUAGGAACUCAUCUUGUUUUUUUGCUCAGAAUUCCUUCAGUGCUUUUUUCUUUAAAACAAAAAGAGCCUGCAAUGAAAAUGAAGUAAAAACAUUGAAUGCAGCAGCAUCUCCUUGAUGCUCUUUGUCGAGUGCUACAGGGGCUGCCAGCUGAACUGCCACUAGUGUAUUUGUAGGGGCGUAUAUUGCAUUAUAGGUUAGAGGACUCUGCCUUUCCCAAAAAAGAUACCUUGUGAUGGAGAAAUAAUUAAAAACAUUGAAUAAAGUAGAUUCAGGUUCAAAAACAAUUAGUCUUUGAUGCUCAUGGGCUAGGCCUCAGGGCUGCAAGCUGAGCUGCAGUAAAUAAGUGCUCACAAGUUUAAUGAAAUCCCUUAUCUGAAAAAUUGUGCAAGUUAAAGAGAAGGGAAUGGGACUUACCCAUUCUGUCCAGCACAUAUGGAGAACUCUGACCUGUGACUCAUGCAGGCUGAUUUAAGACUUUGGUGUAGCGCUGAACUGGAAACAAAGGAAGGAAAAGUCUAAUCUUUGUAUUGGACAGCCUUUAUUAAUUUAAGUGACAGAGUUUUGAGUUGGAAACAC